AUGAAUAAUGAAAAUACACGAAAUUUGCAAUUUACAGUUGGAAAGACUGAUGCAGGAAUGACAAUUUUAUUAACAUCUGAUUUUUACCUUAUAGAAUUUCCAUCUUCAUUACUUCCUUACGACAUAGAAACAGGGUCAGUUUUAAAUGUAUCUAUCUCACGCAAUUAUGAAGCCGAAGAUAAAGAAAAAAAUGAAUUUAAAGAACUACAAACAAAAAUAUAUACAACUUUUGGAACAAAAAAACCUACUUCACCAGUUUUACGAGUCAAAAAUGUGACACAAACAAAUGUAGUAUUAGAAUGGGAUCCUAUUGAAUUGGCUACAACAGAACUUCGGGAUCUAAUUUUAUACAAAAAUGGAUCGCGUCUUGGAAAAAUUCCAAAAGCAACAUCCACUACGAACACAAAACUAUCAGGUCUCUCAUUAAAUACAGAAUAUUCUUUUCAACUUGUUCUAAGAACUUCUGGUGGUGUAUAUUCUUCUGAACCAGUCAUAGUACAUACACAUAAGAUAACAGACCUAACAGGGAUUACUGUGUGUAUAGGAGAAUUAAAUGAAAAUGACAAAAAAGAACUAGAACAAAUACUAGAAAAAAUAGGCGCGAAGCCUAUCCAAUCAGAAGUCAAAAUCGAUACGACACAUUUUAUUACUUCGAAAAAUUCUGGUCCUGAAUACGAAAAAGCUAUUUCUAUGAACAUACCGAUUGUUACUCUUGACUACAUUAGAGAAUGUAAUGCGAAAAAAAAAAUAGUUAAUGUUUGUAAAUAUUAUUUUGAUACUAGUCCAUAUCUUCAAGAACAACAGGGAAAUAAUUCAGAAUUGAUUAAAGAUCAAAAUCUUCAAAUUCAAAACUUGUCAAAAUUGAAAACUAAGGAAAUUAAAAAUAUUGACAAGUCCAAGAUAAAUAAACCCAAUGAUGAACUAAUUCAAGAAUUCGAUAAUCCAAAAAUAGACAAUUUUACUAAUAAAACUUUGGACGAAAUUAAUAAAUCUUCUGUGAAAAAAAUAUCUUCAAAACAAAUUACUAAAAGAAAAAAUAAAAACAGCUUAAAAGAAUUAAAUACAAAAAAAGCUACAUCAGAUCAAGAAACUGCGCCUUUAGAAACGACAAUACAAUCUUUAGGUAUACCAACAAACGAAAAUGCUGAAAUUUAA